GGGUUUGUUGUCGGUACUGAUGACAUGAGAUGGUUGUUGUUACUGGAAGGCGAGCAAGGAGAGAAGGGCCUGGCAGCGACGCUCGCUUUCAACGAAUACACACGCAUCGUACGGAGCUUCCCGUUCACGGGAGUCGCGGAGGAGCUAACAGCGGCGAUGUCGGUGAACAUGGACGAGCUGAGACAUCAAGUGAUGAUAAAUCAGUUUGUUUUGACCGCGGGCUGCGCGGCGGAUCAGGCGAAGCAGCUGCUGCAGGCGGCGCACUGGCAGUUCGAGACGGCUCUGAGCUCCUUUUUCCAGGAGGCCAACAUCCCCAGUCAUCACCAGAUGAUGUGCACUCCACGCAACACUCCCGCCACGCCGCCCAACUUCCCCGACGCUAUCACGAUGUUCUCCAAGCUGCGGACGUCUGAAUGCACGGGCGGCAGCGGAGCCAGCGCUUCGGCCCAGGUGUCUAUGGCGUGUUCUCCUCCUCCCCACGCCUCCGCACAGGGAUUCACCUCCUUCUGGGCCUCCUCGCCCCCCAACCACCAGCCCGUCUGGCUGCCGCCGUCCUCUCCCACAGGCCACCACGCACUCCAUCACCACCACCAUCACAUGCACCAGCCGCCCACGUGGCCUCCCGUAUCCCAACCCACCAACGGCCAGCAGACGCCCUUCAUUUCAGCCCUGCACGGCCAGAGAUGAGACUCUGCGGCGGGGGAGACGCGGGGAGGGCCGGAGGUGUAAAUUGGGGUGAGGAUGCACGGUUUAACGGGGCGGGAAUAUACUCACUGAGACUUUGGAUGGCCAAGGGGGAAAGACAUGGUACUCUUUCUUUCAGUUUUCUAAAGAUGAACAAUCUCUCUUCUUUCAGAGAUCUCGUUUUGAUCUUUUACCUAUUGUCGAUUUCAUUUCUGUCCAAACCUGGGAAGAACCACUAUGAGAAAGAAAAAUAAUGAUGGAAGUUAUUAAGAGGUGUUAGAGUCCCAAAGAAGCCUCUUGUGUUUCGCUAUCCCACAGCAAAGGAAAGCCACGGAGUCGUCGGCAGUGGACGAUCAGGACAAACGUUUAAGUGUGAAUUUUCAUUCGUUCGACGUAUUCAGACUCUCUCCUCCAUCUGAAGCGCUGUCCACAAGCACUGGCAAUAAAACGGCUGACAAACUAUAAGACUGAAUCACAUAUCAUGGUGGUCAUGCCGUCCCGCAUCCCAGGAAGCAUCAGGAGGACAUUUCUGUAUAACUAGUGUCUAUUGAAUUCUGAAGAGAGGCUGUUAGCACCUUUUAUUUGUUCGAAAUGCACAGUUUCAAGUGCGUUGAGUUGACUUUAUUCAGAAUCAACAAAAACUAUUGGUCCAGGUAUAAAUGGAAAAAUCAGGAAGAGUUUGCAAUAAUCCUGGUCUGAAAGUUCAUUCUUGUUUGGUAAAUUCGCAACUUUUAGCAUGUAUGCAGUUAAAUCAGGAAAGCUUUUUGUGUUUAAACUAAAAUGGUCUCGGAGGAAUACAGAUUUGAGUUCAAAAUAGUUUUUUUUGUUUGUUUGUUUUCACCACCAAGAACUAAAAAUGCUAGCAGACUCUUGUAAAGACCGGAGCGGUCUGAUGUUUAGAGGGAGGUCCAGCACAGCUCCACCUACCUCAGCUCCAGCCGUGGCCUGAUCCUACCUCCGGCGGCUGAAUGGGCUCUCUGUGUGAGCUGCUGCAACCGAGGGCUUAAAUACCUCACGCUUUCUGCUGAACGCACUCUGUGAAAGCGGUGAGACCUCUCCGUGGAGUAGGACUGAUCUGGUGUCACAUAUUGACGUACGUGUUGUACUGAUUGUAAUGUAAUCGAGCGGGAAGGCUGACCCUAGAUCAGGACAUUGAUUGGCAGUGGUUUUCUGAAAUAUGUUCCUUUAGUUUCUCAUGAGGUCACCUUCCCUUCAUUCGUUCAUCUUAGACAAUCACUUUUGCCGUCUUGAGGUUUGAAUAUGUGGUUUAGUAUGGACCUCAGUCAGGCUGGAUGCCAUAUUUAAUGUGAAACGACUGAAAACCAGGCUGUGAGGAGAUAAAUGUACAGUUUUUUUAACGUCAUUCCGUUACAUCAGUUGCUUGGUUGAUAAAACAAAGUAUGCACUUUUUUUGCUCAAAAUAACUGUGAAUUAUUCAUAUCAAUUAAGCAAUAUUUCAUAAAUUUACAUUUCAGUUAAAUUUAGAAUGGAUUAAUGAACGAUGCACACAGGAAUUUGUUCUGCUUUUUUCAUACUGUAGAUUCGCAAAAAAAAUCACUGCGUGAACGCUUAAUUCAGUUUCAGUUUAUGUGAGAAUGGUGAGAAUGACGUACAAAAGGAGCUUGUUUCACGCUAAGUAAAUUAUUCAUAAAAGCAAUCUUUCGUAUUUCAGCAUUAAUUUGAUAAGGCAAUUUAUGCAAGAACAAAUUUAAGAAUUAUGCAAUUUAUUGGUUUGAAAUAAAUACAAAUUUUGCCAUGAAUUGAUGUUAACCAUUCUUAGUUCAAUUGUAAUUUAUAUAGAUUUGUGUUCAGAAAUCUCACAACCAAGUCGUAUGUAUUUUACAAGGUGGCUUAUUCAUAUGAAUUUGUACAACCUCAUUUGUAAGACUUCUGUAAGCAGUAGGGGUGGUCAUUCAUACAAAAUCUUACAAAUCUGCAAAAUUUUAAAAUAUUUUUCACAAAAUGUAUAAAUUCAUACCAGUGAGAUUGUAUGCAUUCGUACGAAUUAGCCACCUAGUAAACUAGUGUACAAAUUGGCGUGAGAUCGGAUUGGUUAAAUUGUAUCGAUGAACUUAAAUGCAAGGAAAACAAUUGCAAACUUUUUAAACUGUUAAUUUUAUUAACUAUUUACCUAAAGUCAUUCUGCUUGCGUUUAAGUUCACUGUUAUGAUUUAAACGUGAAUGAAUUUACAAACUAUUUAUACAUUCUCAAAUACAUUGUUGCGUUCAAUUUAAGCACAGACAGACUGAAUUUGCGAAUGUCCACAGAACCAUUCUUUCAUAAAUUUUCAUGUAACAAACUCAAGCAGAACGAAUUUGUGUGCAUAAUUAGUAAAUCCAUUCUUUUAAAUUGUACUAUUUCGUUUUGCGAACUAUUUACCCAAAUUAAUUUAAUCGCGACUGGAUUUGCAAACUUUUUGUACGUUCUCUGAUAAAUCAUUGUGUUCAGUAUAAGCAAACAGAAUUAAUUUGUGAGUGUUCAUAAAACCAAGCUUGCAUAAAUUUUCGUGACAAAAUACAUCAGUUUGUUCUGCCUGUUGUUUAUUUAACGAUGUCUACUGAAUAAAUUCACAGCUUCCUUCAGUUGUACCAACCUAAAUAUGGUGUCUAAUUCUAACUCGGGUCCAUUUUAAGCAUUAGCCAUUUUGAUUUAAUCAUAGAUGGCUAAGUGAUAGAUCAGCUUCAGUGUUUUGGCACAGAAAAUGCAUGCGAAAUGCGAAAAGUACUCUUGGUUUUGGAAAACGCCACUAGAAUGAUAAUGGCAGAUAAUUGUUUGGUCUUCCACCACAACUGGUGGAUGUUUUCUGUGUAGAAAGAAACCUAGCAUGUUGGUCUCCAAAGGUAAACAAUAUGUGUUUUGUAGCCAUCUGGGCAGUAGGUCAUUCCUGCCUAGACGAUUUCUGUUGAAGUGGUGAAAGAGAAGCGAGUCUGAAGUCAAACGGCGGUGACUCUGAUGUCAGUGUCUGGAGUUAAUCUGACCAGUGCCUUGUGAAUUUUUUUUUUUUUUUUGGAAGUGUCUCCAUUUUAAUCAGCUGUCGCUCGGUUGGAUUCCCAUAGCAAUUUGGCCAAUACUCUCAAAUGUCUCUGGAGCGCUGAAAGGCACAAGCAUUGAUUGUUUGAACAGGUGCGCUGCCGUUGAUCUCAGAUCGUUGUGAUUUCAGUUCUUUGGGGACGUCUUUGUUUAGACUGCGGCUGUGUUGAUCAACACACUGCGAGUCAUCAAGAGGAAGGAAGACUGACCAGUUCCUUCAUCAAGAAAACAAAUUAGUUAGCAAACAACCUUUUGUAUCGAUUUCCCUCCUGUACUAUUUGUUCUUUUCCCUUGUUGAGAUUUGUAUUUAUAUGUCUGACAAAAAGCUAAGAUCUGAAACCAUUUUGGAGUUCAUUGUGUUUUUAUUUAGGUCAUAAUAAAUGAUUUAAUGACUA